CAUUCGCUCUUCCGGUACGGUUCUUUCUUUCCCGAUCAACACAUCAGAAUGGGUAUUAGCCGUGAUAGCUAUCACAAGAGGCGGGCAACCGGUGGUAAGAAGGCUGCCAUCCGUAAGAAGAGGAAGUAUGAGUUGGGACGCCCCGCCGCCAACACCAAGAUUGGUGCUACCCGUGUCCACUUCGUGAGGAGCCGCGGUGGAAACAGGAAGUUCCGUGCACUCCGUCUCGACUCCGGCAACUUCGCCUGGGCUUCGGAAGGUAUGGCCCGCAAGAGCCGUAUCAUCGACGUCGUGUACAACGCGUCGAACAACGAGCUCGUCCGUACCAAGACGCUGGUGAAGAACGCUAUCAUCGCCAUCGACGCUGCCCCGUUCCGCCAGUGGUACGAGAGCCACUACCUGCUGCCGCUGGGCAAGAAGCGUGAUCUGAAGGCCGGCGAAGAGGAUGUGAUCGCCAAGCAGCGCAGCAAGCGUACGAUGAGGAAGUACCUCAAGCGCCAGAAGACCGCCAAGAUCGAUGUCGCCCUGGAGGAACAGUUCAACGCUGGACGUCUGCUGGCUGCCAUUGCUUCCCGCCCCGGACAGUCUGGUCGUGCUGAUGGAUACAUUCUGGAAGGCAAGGAACUGGAGUUCUACCUGAAGAAGAUCAAGAACAAGAAGUCGAAGUAAACUUAGCGGCUGCUGUUUCUGAGCGGGUGUUGGGCAGGUGUGUGGUGGAAAAGUGGUUGGUAUUUGCCGUAAUCUUCCGCCAUGGCCGGGUACCACCGGCGUCGUUCAUGCGGGAGAUAAAUGUAGGGGCUCGAUCCAUUCCUCGUCGACACCUAUGCCGAGCAUUAUACCAACACCACGAGAAAGAGAUCGACAAAGAAGGCGAAGGAAAGGGUGAACCUUUAAGUGAGGAAAAAAUAAAACUUGAUUAAAAUCCAAGUUGAACAAAA